CUUUAUCUACCCUUUUCUUCUCUUCCAGGUCAGCAAUUAUCUUACGUGAUUUCUUUUCUGAAGAUAAGGCUAAAGUCAGCACAUUAUACACACCCUCACCUUACAUUUAGGACAUUUAUGUGCAUGUCUACUUGUGAGAUAUUCACGAGACAAGUUCUCGUGAUCGAGGUGUUCCAAAGUUGCCAAAAGAGUUUAGUAUCCACAAAAGGAUGACAUGAGAGUUUGCACCGAUCAGCUGACGCACCCUCCACUCCGCAGUCCACAUAUAUAAAAUCCAUCCCGCCUGCACCGAAUGGCACGAACGCGAUCAGCCUGCCUUGAGGUUGAAUCAUCGGGAGAGAUGUUAAAUCGCGUCAACUCGGCGGCCAGGGUCGCCAUACUGCUGGCACUGCUCUGCUCUUGCUAUGCCCCCUCUUCCUGCUCUUCCUCCGACGACGCGGCCGGUGCCAGUGGCAUGGCCAUGGCGGCCCCGACUAAUCUCCUCACGCUCACGGUCGACCAAUCCGGCAAAGGCGAUUACAGGAAGAUCCAGGAUGCGAUCUCCGCCGCCCCCGCCAACAGCACCACCCGCACUGUCAUCCUGAUCAAGCCCGGAGUCUACAGCGAGAAGAUAGUCGUCCCCAGGGACAAGUCCUACUUAACACUUAUCGGCACGAGCGCCAACGCGACCGUCAUCACCUCGAACGAGAGCUGGAAGUCGACCGACACUUCCCCUACCGUAUCCGUUCUGGCCUCCGACUUCGUCGCCAGGCGCUUAACGUUCCGGAACACGUUCGGGACCAGCGCGCCGGCCAUCGCGGUGAGAGUCGCGGGAGACAGGGCGGCCUUCUACGGGUGCAGCUUCUUGUCGUUCCAAGACACGCUCCUCGACGAUGAGGGGCGUCAUUACUACUACGGGUGCUACGUCGAAGGUGGCACCGAUUUCAUCUGCGGAAACGGCCGGGCUCUCUUUGAAAAAUGUCACCUGCACUCUACGUCGCCCAACGGCGGCGCGUUCACGGCGCAGAGGGCAUCCGAGCCGGACAGCACGGGAUACAGCUUCGUCAGGUGCAAGCUGACGGGCGUCGGGGCCGGCACCUCCAUCCUGGGGCGUCCAUGGGGCCAGUACUCCCGCGUCGUGUUCGCUCUCACCGACAUGUCCGCAGCGGUGAACCCUCGAGGCUGGGACCACUGGAACAACACCAGCAAGGAGAGAACGGUGUUCUACGGGCAGUACCAAUGCUACGGCGAAGGGUCGAAAACUGAUGGCAGGGUUAAGUGGGCUCGCAACCUCUCAAAAGCCGAAGCAGCCCCCUUCAUGACCAAGGCUUGGAUUGGUGGACAGCAGUGGCUUCGGUAGAAAACAGUCGGUGGUGCGGGUUGUCAUAUAUACUUGACACAUAUGAAUGUUAUUAGUGUUCUCAUUUGAAAGGAUACAAGUUAACCGAAAAUACAUGGAUGAAUCCGGAUA